AUGCCGUCCGACGAGCCGAACGCGACGUGGCAUCCGGCCUUUAUGCCGGCGUCUGCAGCGGAAGCCCCGGCAAAGCCAGCUUUAGCACCGCAGGCCCUAGAGGAGAGCAAUGCCUCGCACACGGCUGACGAGGUCGUGGCCGACGGCGUGGCCGAAGCCGAAGCCGAAGCCUGUACUGCCGACCACGACGAGACGGCUGCAGAUGCCUGGUUUCCCGAGUACGAUGCCAGCAAUCCGUGGACCGGGCAGCUCCGUCAUGCCGAUGCGGACAUGUCCAACACCCCGGUCGAUCACGAUCAGGCCACUGGUGCGACGGCCGAACCGUCGGCCGAGCCUGUUGUGUCCGACAAGGCCAACAAGCACAUGAGCACCGUUUCCUUUACGCGAACGGUGUCGAACGAGGUCAAUUGGGAUGCCGACGAUGACGACAACACCGAAUGGAGCCUUUCACGGGCUGACACGGACCCUUUCAAGUUCAUGUCCCCAACCGAUCGGACAAACUCCUUUCCCGUCGUUCCUGCCCUCGACACAAUGCCUGCAGACGAGCAGUCCGACCGGAGCCUCGACCAUCAGCCGCUGACGUCCAACGAGGCCUCGGACAUCAUCCAGGAAGUUGACCAGGAGGUUAGCCAAUAUGCCGAGCUGGAACCCAGCCAUGCCGAUGCUCUGCUCGACCACAGCUAUGCCGUCGACCAUGCAGCGGCUGCGUCUGAUGAUGCUCUUGGCAUUCGCUUCGAAGAGGGCGUCCCGCUCAUCUCCCACGACCACCACCAGGCUGCAGAGCCAAGUCCGCCGGAACACAAGGCUGAUGAUCCUUUCGGCGAAGAGGCGAUUGACGAAGACGACGACUUUUUCAAUCACGCUGGACCGUCAGACCGUGAGCCAGCGGAGAUGUCGCCGAAGCCUGCUUUUGAGCGAAAAUCGACAAUACAGGUUCUGCAGGCGAUGAAUGUGGGCGCACUGGGCCACAACAGCUCAGAUUUGGCCGCUGCCAUGGAGGAGGAAGAAGAGUCUGACAUCGCCGCACAGGUCCCGAAAGCCAGCAGCAAAGACCUGGCUGCUGAGUGGGCUGCUGCUCUCGCCAGCGACGACGAGGACGAACUGCUCAUGGACGACUCUGUGCUGGAGACGGACAACAAGGAAUUGGAUCCGGCUGCCUUUUUUGAAGACGACGACGAGGGCUUUUUGGAUGACGAGGUCCCGGAAGUGCCCCAGGUCAACGGGUCACAGCCACAACCAACCGCCAACCGAUAUGUUCCAGCUGGCCCGCAGAUGGUCCAGCCUCUGCAAACGCCACAGCCGGCGAAUCCAUACCUGCCGACUACUACGUUUUCUCCCGCCCAGCCUGUCGUUCCGUCCCCGUUUGUCACUCCUGGGCCGCCACCCAGCCAGUUUCCGCUCUAUGGUAGCACGCCGUCUCAGGAACGGCCUGCUCCAAAGGCCCAGAGCUUUGCCGACAAGUCCAAGGGUGGGUAUCACUCGCCUUACGACCUUCCCAUGGACGUUGUGAAGCCGAGGAAGCGGCCGAGCAUGCAGCACCUGCCCAGGACUGUGGAAGCAGCCUCUGCCCCGCCACCGGGACCCCCUAUCCUGGCCCGGAGUACCAGCAUGCAGACGCUGACGCUGCCGUCUGUUCUUCAACCGAACUACGAGCAGUCUCCAGCCGCGCCACUGCCGAAGGCUCAGGCGACUCCUUUGAGUGCUCCUGUCAUUGCUCCUGUUCAUGAGAGCUUCUUCGAAGAGCUGCCCAUGGUUUCCAAGGCUCGGCCAGCAUCUCGGCAUACCCACGGGUCACCGGUUCCGGCCAGUCCAUAUGGACCGCCGCAGGCCGCUCCCAUCCACCCGCCUCCCCAGACGACGCCGCCUGCCUUCUCUCAGCCUCCACACACGCCUUCAUUCGCACCCCCGCAGGCUCACUACUCACCCGCGCCGACACCAGCACCCCCACAGGAACAGCCAGCGGAACAGACGUCGGGCACUCCUGACAUCGUCCGGCUGGUGGCACCGCCACGGACGAACCCAUACGCAUCUACUGUAUCCUCGAACCUGGCGCCCCAGAGCGCCGCUUCUCCGCAAUUGUCGCGGUACUCUCCCUCGCCCAACAUGACGCUUCACGCAAACGGCUCCGCCCAUGUUUCGCCACCGAGCCGAUACUCUCCUGCACCUGUGGCCCGGACGCCUUCGACUGGCUAUGCACCCAUCCCGGCUGGCGUGCCGCCGCCCAUACUCGCCCACCAGCCGCGGACGUCCAGCCCGCUUGCCCACUUCGAGAUGUCCUACGACAAGCCAAGGAAUGCGUCUCUCGGGCAUCCGAUUAUCCGGGGCGAGAGCAACCUGCCGGAACGGCGAAGCAGCUCGUCUGCGUACGACCCGCGUCUCAAUCGGGUCCCAUCGCUGCCGCCCACACGAGAGGUGGAAGAAGAUGAGUCCCAGGCGCGGCCUCCUACGUCAAGUAUGCCGAAUCCAGCGCCACCACCGACGAACCAAUAUUCUCCUCAGAAAUCCCGACAGACGCCACCGCCGCAAGCGAGCUCAUAUGGCCUGUCGACCCAGACGCUGUCGCCUCCGAAGCGGAUACUAAACUACACGCCGCACAGUGACCCUAUUCCGCAACGUGCUCUCACGCAGUCUCCCGCCAGCAUGCUUGCCACCCCCCCGGCCCCUAAGCCAGCCGACAGUGCCCCGGCCAGUAUCCCUCUCCCGCUUCGUCCUCGAGCUGCGUCGCAGAACCUGAAUCUUGUUCCUCCCACGGACGGAACAGAGCAAGACCCGCUGCAGAGAUGGAAGGGGGCGCCGAUAUUUGCCUGGGGGGUAGGCGGCGUGUUUGUGUCGUCGUUUCCACGAGACAUCCCACGCUACGGCAUCAACCAGGCACUGCCCAUGUAUCAUCGUGAGGCCGGGGACGUGCAGAUCAAGCACAUCAAAGAGAUCCACCCGCUUGAAGAACGGCUGGCGAGAUUCCCCGGCCCUCUCAAGGGCAAGUCGAAGAAGAAGGAGGUGAUAGCAUGGCUCACGGCGGGGAUCGAGGACCUGGCGCGCUCUCUUCCCAGCCAGUCCUUCUCGUUGCAGGUCUCGCACGAAGACAAGCGGCUCGAAGAGAGAAUACUGCUGUGGAAGAUUCUCCGUGUUUUCGUUGAACACGACGGCGUCCUAGAGGGCGCCCCAGCGGUGGAUAAGGCUGUGCGUGACUGCCUCCUGCCAUUUGUUGACGAGACUGUCACGGCCGCAGAGGUGCCUGCGUAUACGGCCGGCAUUGGGAUUGCGGGCUUAUCGGACGGGCCGUCGUCGGGGCAGAUGCAGUCCGAUGCAGUGGACCCAGCUGUGGUUGAGCAGAUCCGCAAGAACCUGCUGCUCGGCGACAAGGAAAAGGCAGCGUGGGAUGCUGUUGACAAGCGGCUCUGGGGUCACGCGUUCCUCAUUGCACGAGCUGCAUCGGCCGAACUGUUUAAGAAGGUGGCGCAGGAGUUUGUGCGGAAGGAGGUUAACACACCGGGACACAACAACGAGUCGCUGGCGGCGCUGUACGACGUUCUGUCGGGAAAUCACGAAGAAUGCGUGGACGAGCUGGUGCCGAUCCAUGCGCGGGCCGGACUGCAGCUGAUAUCGAGGCAGCCAGCGGCGGGCGAGCAGUCCAAGGAUGCGCUGGCCGGGCUGGACAACUGGCGAGAGACGCUGUGUCUGGUGCUGAACAACCGGACGACAGACGACGUGCAGGCGAUCAACUCUCUGGGGAACCUGCUGUCGGGGUAUGGCCGAGCAGAGGCGGCCCAUGUGUGCUUCCUGUUCUCGCGGAACGUGACGGUGUUUGGGGGUCUAGACGACGCGGCGGCCAACUUUGUGCUGCUCGGGGCGGACCACAAGCGUCAGGUCGACUCGUUCGCCAAGGAGACGGACGCAGUACUGCUGAGCGAGGUGUACGAGUACGGGCUGUCACUGGGCGGCAGCGCGGCCGCAACGGGCGGCAGUCCCCAUCUGGCGGCGUACAAGCUGCAGCAUGCGAUGACUUUGGCCGAGUAUGGGUUCCGGGACAGGGCGCUGCAGUACUGCGAGGCGAUCAUGGGAGCGAUCACGGCGCAGAGCCGGCGGUCGCCAUACCACCACGUGCUGCUAGAGACGGCGGUAGACGAUCUGAUGAAGCGGCUGAAGCAGGCGCCCAAGGAGGAGUCCAACUCAUGGAUUCCGAAGCCAAGCAUGAACAAGGUGUCGGACACAAUGUGGAACCGGUUCAACAAGUUCGUGGCAGGCGACGAGGCCGAGGGCGGCGGAGUGCAUCCGGACGGCGAGGGAGCAGCAGAGAGCGGACCGUUUGCACGACUACCGGGCGGCACCCCGACGAUCAGCCGGCCGCAAUCGUCGGCCGGCCUCACGGGCAUGGACAUGUUCAGCCCGCAGAGCUCCCAGUUCAGUCCGACGUUUGUUAGCCAGACGAACGGCGGCGUUGGCGGUUCGGGCAUGGUGUCUCCGCCUCCGAUGCGGUCAGCGUCACGCUAUGCGCCGGGAGCAGGAGCAGGCGGCCAGUCGGUGACAUCGCCGAUCUCGGUGACGAGCCCGUACGAGCCCAACACGACGGGUUUCAUGUCGCUAUCGGUGUCAGCGCCUGCGGCCGGCGUGCCGAAUUUGUACGAACCGCCAUCUGCGUUUGCAGCUUCGGGACGGCGAUCUCUGGAGUACCAGCCGGCGGAGGUCAGCUCGCGGCGGGCAUCGUCGGAGUUGUCGCCCGGAUAUCUGAGCGGCUACAAUGCCACGGGAGGCCAGUCGGACUCGGGUCGCAACGGGCUUUCUCGACAGUCGUCAUACACGCCGCUGGUGCAGGUAGAGCCAGUGCUGACGCCAACCAGCGAGGCGCCACGGUCGGAACAGAGACCGGAGCCGAGUCCAGUGGCAGAGUUUGGUUUCCAGCCGAUGUCGUACGGAUACGAGCCGCCUUCGUUUAGGACGUCGUUUGGGGCCGGGGCCAGCGAGGAGGUCGAGACGCGGCAGCCAGCGCAGCCGGUGCAGGAGGAAACGACAAACGGCGGGUAUGCGUCCCCGUCGUUCCAGCCGUACAGCUACGAACCGCCGUCAUUUGAUGCGGGGGCUGAGCCGGACGCAGAGACAUCGAAUGGGAACGGCGAGCUGCAGCGGAAGAAGAGCUUUAUGGAUGACGACAAUGAUGGAAUUGCCACGAAGAAGAAGCCGACAGAGAAGACCAAAGAGGAGAAGGACCGCGAGAACGCGGAAAUGUUUCGGAAAGCAGCUGAAGAAGACGCCAAACGAGCGGAAGCAGCAAAGGCCAAGAAAAAGGGAUGGGGCCUGCCGGCAUGGCUUGGCGGUGGGAAGAAGGAGGUGGUGGAGCAGGCGCCCAAAGCGGUUCGGGCCAAUCUGGGCGAGAAGAGCAGCUUCUACUACGACGCGGAUUUGAAGCGGUGGAUAAACAAGAACGGUGCACGACUGCUGCGGCCUCUGGGGGCGUCGCCGUCGGUGCCGAACCUGCGGGCAGUCCGCGGAUCCGGCAGCGUGCCACCGCCACUGAUACGGUCGAUCUCAGGGGUCAGCCUGCCGGGCAGUGCGUCGCCAAGUCGGCCGGGAACUGGUGUCAGCGAGGCCAACAGUAUCGAUGACCUCUUGGGGGCGGCAGGGCCGCGCAAGCCGCGCAAGGGCCGCAAGACUGGGCGGUACGUGGACGUGAUGGCGCAGUGA